CUUUCCAGCUAAGAUGUCGCGGCGAGAUGGAGCAAUUUACGUGGGUCGGCUAUCAAAAAGUACUCGCACCAGAGAUUUAGAGGAAAUAUUUGAGCCUUAUGGAAGGCUCUUAAGAUGCGAUAUCAAAUAUGGUUAGUACAUUGAAAUAACCCUUAAAACUUACUUCAGCAUUGCAUUAUGUUAAGUUAGAAAAUUUAAUUGUACAAAAUCAAAAUGGCUGCCACCCAACGCCAUUCUUUAAAAAAAAUUAAUUAAUUGUUGCCUAUUUAACUUUUUCAGUAUUUGUUGUGGUGGAAGCUCUGCUAUCAAAUGCGAUCGAAUCUGCCACUAAAUAAGGAUUCAUGACUUGAUCUUUUAUUAGAAAAUAAAACCCAUUUAAAAUUUAGAUGGAUGUAAGUGUAAAUGCAACAUGUGAUAAUUUCCCAUAAAUCAGACCCAACCAGGCCAUUCUUCCUAACUUACCCUUUCCACUCACUAGGCCUACAUCUCCCCAGCCAGUUGCAAUUUUUUACCAAAUACUCAUCCCCUGCAACUAAGGUAGGCACCUUGGCCUUGGAGACAAUCAGGGGAAAUCGGAUAUUGCGAUAUUUAGUACUUGGGCAAAAUUUUCUGGUAAAUUUGGAGUUAUGGGUUUUGCCAAGAGUUUUCUCACCCUAAGAGCAGUGAUGUCACAUUGGGCAAUCCCAACACUGGACCUAUUGUGAAUAGUUCUAUUCUUUGAAGGACACGAACGAUGUGUGUUAUAACAUUCCUUUACUUUAUUGAGCAUUACUCGCGUCAUAAACAAUACGGUUAAUAUGAAGUGUAUUGAAAUUAAAUUUUCCAUUUUUUUAAAUUAAAAUUCAACAUACACGUUUCAAAAGAAAGGAAAAAAAGCUGUGUCUGCACAUCCGCAUAUCUCCCGCACUCACAUGACCGCUGGUAGAAUACUUAAAUCACUUUAUCGAGAUAUUUGUCCAGCGACCAAAUCACAUGACCGCCAUAACAAAGUGGAUCGAGAAAUUCAUCUGUCAGCCUUGUCACAUGACUGAGAAGGAUUUAAAGCUAUUGUUAAUUAAUUUUAAUGUACUGAGUGUCUUGCAAACAAAUAAUAGAAAAAAAUACUUGGGUAUAUAACCAAAACAAAGUGGGGGUUAAGCAAUAAUGCACUCUAGAAGGAAGCAAAGCUGAGAAGGAGAGAGAAUUACGCUAAUAAAAAAAUACGAAUGCUAAAAAAAUAAAAAGUGAGGGUGAUAAAUAAUUACGUUUAAGGCGGGGAGGCCGAUAGUUAACAAAGAGAUACACCCUACAUAUUAAUAUAGGGCAGCUAUAGAAGUAGCCUAAUUCUCAUGCAAUAAUAAAUACUAAUCCUGAAAUACAACUUUAUUGACAUAGUCUGGGUCUAUUGAAGUCUACUGGUCUUAUUUUAUUUGGUUCAUAUUUUAAAUUUAGGCUUCAAGCUAGAGCUUACAAGAUUUUUAAGCAAAAUAAGGGACUUUUUUUUUUGAAGAGUCGGAAUCAAAUAGACUAGUAAUAGUACUACUAGUUAGUAUAUAGGCCGACUAGUUUAAUAUUCAAAUAUUCAGCUGACUAAUAUAUGUACACAGAAUUGGAAUAUCCAAUGCAAUGCAACUAUUUUGCAGGCGACCACUUGCUUCAUGACAUGUGUACCGCCAAAAUAUCUUCCACUAGUCGUCCGACGGGGCGGUCAUGUACCCGAAGAAGAAUUUCUCCCACUUGUCGUCCGGCGGUCUCAUGACAUGCCCGCCGGACGUAUAUCUCCACCACUAUUUGUCCGGCACGCCAGCCGUGUUGACACUUUGAAAAAAGAAACACAUCCUUGCUGAUACCCCAAGACCCAACACCGGUGAAAAAUAAAGACGCCCGCCAAAAUUGCUGUAUUUUGAUUAGUUGAAAAGUCUGUUGAGACUUGCGUAACUAAAGGAAGACUACCGCUUAAAUUGCAUUUUGAAUAAUCUUCUAGGAAUUUGGGAGGGGUGACCCCCUCCUCUUUAAAUACCAAAAUAAGAAACAGAAAUUCUGGGGGGGGGGGGUGUGUUACCCCUCCCCAAUUUAACAAAAAAUAUAAAAUUAAGAAAACAAUAACUUGCAUUAUGUAAAUACAAAAAUCUAAAUCUUUUUAGUAUGGCGCUGUACACGGAAAUGGACCUGGGGGAACCUUAACUAAAGGAAGACUACCGCUUAAAUUGCAUUUUGAAUAAUCUUCUAGGAAUUUGGGAGGGGUGACCCCCUCCUCUUUAAAUACCAAAAUAAGAAACAGAAAUUCUGGGGGGGGGGGUGUGUUACCCCUCCCCAAUUUAACAAAAAAUAUAAAAUUAAGAAAACAAUAACUUGCAUUAUGUAAAUACAAACAUCUAAAUCUUUUUAGUAUGGCGCUGUACACGGAAAUGGACCUGGGGGAACCUCCGUGACCUAUAUACCCUGGAACACAUUGUCGACUCAAAACCAGCCAAAGUUUCUAAAUGAAGUUACAGUUUUAAGAGUUAGUUGGUUAGAUAAGGCCUGAAAAAUUUAAUUCAUUGAUACCAAAUAUAUAUGGUUGUAUGUGAAUUCUAAGUUAAAUAAUUUUUUCAUGAAUUAUUUUGGGAUAACUGUCAGGUUGUUUUUUUUUUAUAUUCAAAGCCACGAAAAUACGCCAUUAACGACAUGGGUUUGCCAACAGUUGUCUCUAAGGCUAAGCGCUGUGACGCCACUUUGGGGAAUCCCAAUACUGGACCUAAACAAUGACCUGAUAAUAACUUUCCUGUUCAUCACUGAGCAUUAUUUGCAUGAGAAACUGAAACUGACAAUCAAUAGUUAUGAAAUGUAUUAAAAUAACAUUGUCCCUUACGUUUUUAUUAAAAUUCAACUUACAAGGUUCAAAAGAAAUGAAAAGAAACUUAUCUUUGCUAAUACCCCAAGAUGAACUCCGAAAAAGCUGUGCGUAUAGCUAGAAGUGCUAUUUUUGCAUUGGUUGAAAAUUAAGUGCCAGCUAGUCAUUUCUAUAAUGUCUCAAUUUAACAGGACGUUACAACAUGAUUUUUGGGAUGGGAGACUAGCAAAUAAAAAGAGCUAAAUUUCGAAAUCUUUUUAAAAACUGUGGCUGGUAGUUAAUUGGCCAUAGUCAUCCAGAUUCGUUAAAAUAUAUCUUAUAUGAUUGAUAUUAUUAGUAGUAGUCCUUAUAUAGCUCGUUUCCCCAGCCUAGGGCUCACCCCGCUGUACAUAAAAAUAUUAGCAAACAUGAUCAUAAUAUCUAAGACAAAUUAUAAGUUUAACUCACUUCUAAACAUUUUCAGUUACUAAUACAUUAUUUAGGUAUUCUAAAUGAAUAUUUCAUAAUGAAAUUUAAUAAAAUUCAUCUAAUUCUCUAAAGGCUUGCACUAAACAGAAGCACCAAUAUUUACUCUUUCUAUCCGGCAUUUCCAAGUUCUGAUGGAAUUAUCUUUUUUGCAAGUUUGAUACGCAAUGAUAUCUCUAAGCCAUCAUAACUUUUUGGUUUUUUUGUUGGUAUGGAAUUAAAGGAAAUGUAUGCUCUUGACAAACUACAGACUUGGGUUUAAAUUUUAAUUUAUAAUAUGAUUAUGAUUUAUGGAAAAUAAAAAAUUUAAAUAACUCAACUAACUGUUCACAAAACACUCAUUCCAAGUCACACAAAAAGAUAUAUAUAAUCCAAAGUAUUUGGACGCAUCAGGAGGAACCCCCAGAGGGCGCAUUUAGUCCCAACCGUCAGGAAUGAGUUAAUACAAAUAAAAUAUUCUUUUCACAGGUUGAUGGUGUACUUUAUAGAAACUUGUCAUUAAACCAGUGUGGCAAGAUGUCUCUAGACCCAUAACAUGCAAAAUAGGGGCAACAAACUUCAAAUAACAUAUCUUUUAGGUUAUCUACUAUGUCAUACAAUUUUCAAUAUCAGUACUGAAUUGCAGCUUUCUAAACCAAUUUUUAAUACAAACUUAUGUUUAAAAUACUAAAUUUUGGGUUUGAAAGUACCCUUUUUCAGAUAUUUCUUAGGCAUUAUUUUUAUUUUUAACCUUUUCUUAGGCAUUAUUUUUAUUUUUAACCUGAGUCUAUUUCCAAUUAAAAACAUGAUGUGAAAAGUUUAUUUUGAUAUCUUGCGUGGUUAAUUUUCAGCAAUUUUUAAAAUACUAUAAAAUUUUAAUUCUGUGUGAACAUGCUUAUUGUGAGAUAAUUUUUUUAAUUUAUCCUCUGCAGGUUAAUUUCACAAUAAUAAACUAAGUUUCCUUUAAAAUUAUCAGAAAAUAAUUUUCCAACUGGUGAUUUAGUUACCGUAAUUGUUUAAGAAUUUUUAAAAAUGAAAUAAAAUUUUCAUUUUGUCUCCCUUCUCAAAUUUACUCGAAUUGUGCUUCUGCUCAUUUCCGUAUGAAUACAUUUUUUAUUUACAUAUUUGUGAAAACCCUGAAACGAAUUGAGUUUUUUUAUAUGUGUAACUGACUAUGUGUGCAAGAGAUUUUAAAGUUCUAACUUAAUUAUUUAAGAAGACAGUGGGUGUCAAUACUACACUUAUGAUUCAUCUAAAACUUAUUCGCUAUUCCUAAAUUUAAAAAAAAACAACGCUCCCAUCGUUGAUUUUAAUUAAGGAUUUCGUGCGGAUCGACGAUGAAUAGAAACCUGUUUAUGUCAGUUCUUUUCUUUGCUAUUGGAUUUUAAUUACCUUAAUGAAAUCUAGAAUGAUUUCCCUUUGAUAAACAUCCAGCUUCUCUUUAUUUCAACGAGUUUUUACAUAGAACAAAGUGUUUUAAGCGGUUAUUUUGAUUUUCCAUUUUAGUUUUGUGUACAAACAUGAAAUCUUGACCUGACCCAUCUGGUAAUAGAUCUAAUAAAGGUUAAAAAUAUUACUCUUACGAUUCAGACAGAGUUUAUGAUUUCGGAUGCAGAUGCAUCAUAAUUAUAAUCCUAGUACUAGUGACAAAAUGAUUAAAUUGAUAAUUCAUUAGAUGAUGAACAACAAGCCCUGCCCCCCGCCUAAGUGCCUUGUAAAAGAGCUACCUGAUCAUAAAUGCUAAGUUAACUAUUACAAUUAAAAGAUUAUAAAUACAAUUUAACUCAUUCCCUCCGGCAGUGCUUCUUCCGGACUUAAUUUAUUUUCCUGAGAAAAGGGAAGCAACUCAGUUUUGAAAUUGAUAUUUUAAAAAUGUAUAUCAAUGUAAAUAUUCAUUUUUUGUUGCAUUUGUUCUUAAUUUAUUAACAUUAAAUAACAUUUAGCAACUUAAAAGACUAUUUUUAAAAUGUAAUUUUUUAGUUGCUAAAUGUUAUUUAAUGUUAAUAAAUUAAGAACUCAUGCAACAAAAAAUGAAUAAGGUUUCAUAUAACAUUAGCGGGGAAAAAAUAACGAACAAUGGCCAAAAAAUCUAUAUUCGUCUCUUCGGACGAACACAUGCUACAUAUAAACGCGCCGUGCUAAAGCACACAUAGUUUUAAAGUGAAACAAGAUAAAAACUUCCGGUUUCUAAAUUAAAAUCACGCAGAAAUCACGCCAUAGCCGGAAGUCUCGAGACGCGAGAUUUCAUUGCUAUUUUUAAGGUUUUCAAUGGGCAUUUAACUCUGGUGAUUUGUCGCUAGCAGAAAGAUUUAUCCAAAUACCUACUUAACAGUUGAAGUGUACACUGUAAUAGGCACCAGUGUUUAUACAAAUAGGUCAUAGCUACAUUUUUUUUAAUGUGGGAAGUCUUUUUGAAAUUUUACAAUAAGAUAUUUGAACCACAUGUCAAAGCGUAUUAUGCAUACUUUGAAAAGAUGUCAUACAUAUUUUAUUUCUAUUUUCAGGAACAGAAAUGGGUGAGUGUACGUACAACCAAAAUGGCUUCUUAUUUUGGAUGCAAGUGCAAAUGAUAUAGCUUUGUUUUAUACCAUCAAGGUCAGAUGUAUUUGUCCUCAAUUUGUUGAUUGUACAUGAGUGUUUAGUAGCUUAAGUGUACACAAAUAUUAAUGGGCAAUGUAAAACUUGUUCAAAUCCUUCAAAAGUGUACCAUCUUGCACAAACAUCAAUGUAAUCAGGACUGUAAAGGAUUUUGCUGGAAAAAAAUAACAUGGUGGUGUUAUUUAAUUUCACUUCUGAUUACACUGAAAAAUGUGAACGUCCAACAUGUACCAGAUUAAUUACCCUUUUAAAAAACUAUUUCCCAAAAUUGUUUUUGCUGAUUAACUCUCUUCAGUCUGUUUUUUUUUUUUUUUUUUCAAUUUUGUUAAAAAAUAUUAAGGUGAUUUUUAAAAAUAAAUGAUCUCAUCUGAAAUAGCUCCUCAAACUCUAAAAAUCGUACAAUAUUAUCACAAAAUCGUUCGAUACACUAUCUUAAUAGUAAAAAAAAUAGACAUGUAUACACCUCAACAUCGUACAUUGUACGCCAAAAUCUUAAGAGUAAACAGGUCUGGUUAUAUAUAUUAACUUGUUCAUCUUUGACUCAGCUAUCAUAUAUUUUUUUUAAAAAAAAUUCUAAGUUAUAAAAAUAAUUAACAUAGUUGAGAAUAAUUUUUUUUUUUUUUUUCAUUUUAAGCAAAAUUUUCACAAAGUAUGAAGGGAAAAAAACUUUUUAUAAAAAAUUGAAAAUUUAUUUAAAUAAAAUUAUAUAUUUUUUUUAAAAAAAAUUCUAAGUUAUAAAAAUAAUUAACAUAGUUGAAAAUAAUUUUUUUUUUUUUUCAUUUUAAGCAAAAUUUUCACAAAGUAUGAAGGGAAAAAAACUUGUUAUAAAAGAUUGAAAAUUUAUUUAAAUAAAAUGCUUUAUCUAAUAAAAUUCAUAGUCAAACAUUUUUAGGACAAAAAAAAAAAAUUGUCAAUAUUUUAGCCAAACCCAUAUGUCAUUUUCUUCUUCUAAAAAAUGCACUAAUUUUUUUAUUUUUUUUAAAAUUACAAUUGUUUUGUAUGUAAUAUAUUUUUAAAAAAUGGGCGUCAUAACUUAUUGAUUUGUAUAUUAAAUAUAUUUCUUGAUAAUUAUUGAGUAAAAGAUAUCAAAGUAAAAUUUUAUGAUAAUAUAAAUAACUCAAGAGUCAAUGUUGUUUUCUUUUUAAUGUUAUCGUACCGGUAUUCCCUCAGGUUAAAGUUAAAAGCAAUUAAAAUGAUUCAGUACAAUGCUGCUAAUUUUGAUAUAAAUGCCCAAUGUGAUCCAUUCCUCACUAAUCUUGUCUAUCUUUUCCUCAUGUACCGGUAUUUUUUUAUAUAUAUCUUUGUUAUAAUCCUCGCAUAACACAGGCCAACAAACUACAGUAUCGCUAAAUUAUAUUUAUGGAUGCUGAACGACUAUUCUUUCUUAAAACUAGUAUGUAUUUUUAUUAUAAUAAUUAUAAAAGAUGAAUUAGAGCUUGUCCUGGUCUUGAUUUCCAUGACGAGUAGGUAACAUUCUUCACCACAGAACAUUCGCUUAAUAACCUGUGGAAAAAAAAAAGUUUUAUUCAUAAAUAAAAUUAACACUAAUGGUAUCAGUAAUGAUAUACUAUCAGUAAGGGGAAAAUACCAUUAAUCCUAUUCCAAAUGUCUAAAUUAGUAUAAAAUUAAACCAUUUUGUUUUUUAUUCUCUCUUGAGCCUCUACUAAUAGUAGUGACUAGCGAUAAUGAUAAUUAAAUUUAAACACAUUUCUGCUAUGCAAUAUUAGAAAAUUUAGUAGAUGAUUCAUAGCAGUAAUAUAUUUUAAAGAAAUAUAUUUAGGUAAUAACUCAAUUCCUUAACUUUCCCCCAGCUAGAGUUUCCACUAUUUUUUAGAAAAUAUUUAUCUCACAUAGCCACACUAUUUAUUAAUUAUAAAGUUGUUGAAAAUCUGUAAGAUUCCAAUACAAUCCUAUAUACGUAUAAAUGGAUAAUAUAUAUUAAAAUUACAAAAAUAUCACUUGUUUUAUUAUGAAUUUUAAGGUUGGGAAAUAAUUAAAAUUAAGUUUACUUGUUUACGAUAGAUACCAUUAGUCUGUGCUUUUAAAUGUAAAUAAGGAUAAAUUCCAUGAUCAGAGUCUCCACCUGAGUACAUUUCUGUAGAAAAACAAAUAACUCCUUGAUAAAUUGUAAAGUUAAAACCAUUUGACCAUAAAAAUACUAAUUAGUUUUUUGUGAAUUAUAUUUUUUUUUGUAGAAAUCUGCGAAGCUUUCAAGCAAUGCUCAGGGCUGAAUAAGUUUUCAUAAAUAAAUAUUUUUUAAUAGUAAUUUCAAAUUGUGUAAUAAUUUUAUAUUAAAAAAAAACACUUUAACCAAUGAAAAAAAAUAUAUAUAUAUAUAUAAAAAUAUUUUUAAAAAAAUAAAAAUUUAGUUAAAAAUAAACCACCCACAUAGCCUAUGGUACUAAGUAUAGCAGACCUGUUCACCCUCAAAAUCUUAAAAGCGUACAAAAUCAUUCUAUACAUUAUCUUAAUAGUAAAAAAAUAAACAUACAGUAUAUAUAAUGCAUGCACCUCAAAAUCGUACGUUGUACGCCAAAAUCGUAAGAGUAAACAGGUCUGGUAUUGUCAGACUGCAGAGAGAUUUAAAAAAAACAAUUUUCACCAAUGUCCCUUGACCUGUGACUAUGAUUAUUCAUAUAUGAUGCUGAAAUUAUUUUUGUCUGCUAUUGGGGUAAUUGUUUUCGGAAGUGAUUUGGUUUUAUUUUCAGAAUACUGCUCUUAAAAUUGCUUGUACAAUUUAAUAUUCAUUUAUCUAAAGACAAUAUUGCAUUAACUGUUUUAUAAAUUUUUAAAGCAGGCACUGCCUAUCCUUACGAUCAGAAUUUGUUCUUUUCAGCAUAUGCCUUUAUAGACUUCGAAGACAGGCGUGAUGCUGAGGUAAGUCAAGGGGCUUAAUAGAUCUAAAAUAUUUAAAGUAGCACUAUUAAGUGUUAAUUUAUAUUUAAGAAUAAACAAAUGUGUACAUUGAAAACGUAUUUGAUUUUACAUUUCAAUUUACUUCUUAUUGUUUAAAAAAAUAUUUAUGUCAAUUUGGUAUUUUUUUAACCCCUUCUGCAUCCAUGUGACGCCUGUACGUCAUGCAUAAGUUUCACUUGGCCAUUUUAAUUUUUGUGACUUGGUGAACUAUUAUUCUAAUUGCUCAAAAUAAAUAUGAGGGGAAUCAAUUUAAAAUUUGUGUGACAUUUUAAAAAAUCUGUAGUGCCGUAGAAAGCCAUGAGUCUAUUUCUGUUUUGAUGAUGCUUUCUAAGCUUAAUUUAAAUUAAUUGUAAAACUGUAUAGAAGGGGUUAAAAAUUGUUUGUAAAUUAAGUUACGCUGUAUGAUCUUUCACAUUUCUAAUAAUGUAAAUUAAAGAAACAUGGGUGAAAGUUGAUUAUCAACUUAAAUUAUUGAUUGCCGAGUUUAUAUUUUUUACUUCCAAAUGUAAUGUUUUUAAGGUGUCAUUCAGAGACUAGAGAGGAAAAAGUAAGCUCUAAUGUUUAUAUACUUUGCACCAAUCUAGUCAUUUAAUUGCAUUCAACUUUCACCCAUGUUAUUUUUUUUGAGUACAAAAUGACUGAAAUAUGAUGAAUGCCACAUGACUGACAAUACUGUUGUGUGUUUUUCUCAUCCGGUCAAGCAGUCCAGCCAUAAGCCCUCAUAAGCUACGCUCUGUCGAGUUAAGCCUUUCCUAGCCAACACUACCGUUCAAGGCAGCAUCCUUUCCUUCCCAUACCAGUGUGGGGGGGAGCCGAGUUGAGAGUGGUCAAUGUCCUAGCCACGGCCACCUUGCCUAGCCUAGCCUCGUCUGCCUCUGUCAGAGUCUGUACCAGUCAGUCACUUCAAGGGCCUCCUUGGUCAACUCACAUUCUGCACACUUGAAAGUCAACUGAACAUUUUUUUUUUAAUAAAAGAAAUAUUUCAUGUAGGAAGAAAAUAACAUUUGGACAAACGAAACGUUAAACGAGACAUUUUAAAUGUAAAUAUAUAAUGUAACUCAAAUCUGAUUAGAAUUAGUUUCACAUUUUCCUGAAAAUGUCCAAUUAUUUUAACUGCAAAAUAAAUUUGUAGCAUCCAGUUUUAUAAACUACUUAUAAAGUUUAAAAGAUUAACAAAUUUAAAAAAAAAGACAUUUAAUUUUUCAUUUGAAGAAAGUUUGCUUUUGUCUCAUAAAUUCAGUCUGCAAUAAUUUAUAUAGGACUUGUGCUAUAGAGAAUGAACCAGUUUGCUGCUAGUCAUCACGGCGCUGUCGGCUGUUUCCUUUAAUGCCGUCAACACUCUUUGCCCAUGGAAGGUUUUGAAAUCAGUACUACACCAUACUUGGCAACUAAGGUUUUCCCCCUUGCUUUGUGUAGCCAGCCUAAUCUGGAGAGACCUAUGCCUUGCAAGCACAGACCAGCAGCUUGUUGGUCCAUCUGCCAAAACCAUUGCUAGCCUAAGUGAUCCCGACCUACUUUGCUUUGUGUCCUUGGGGGCUGGGCUGUGACCUUGAAACAGAGCAUAAUCCAGCCUGUUCCCACCAGUAUGUUUGUCUUUUUAGUUGUUUUUUUUUUUUUUUAAUUAAAAGAAGUUUUCGGCUUUUUUCUAGUAAUUUACUUUUGUAUUUUGUGUGUUGUGUAAUUUUUUUUUAUUGUUAAAGAUUUGUUUUGACUCAUAUUUUUCUUUCAAAGAUAGUGGUCUUUUCCCCCCUUCGAUUUUUUUUUUUUUUUCUUUUUUUCUAGUAUUUUUCUUUUGUAUUUUGUGUGUUUUGUUAUUUUUUUUUAUUGUUAAUGAUUUGUUUUUACUCUUUUUUUUCUUUCAAAGAUAGUGUUCUUUUCCCCCCUUCGAUUUUUUUUUUUUUUUUCCACACUUCAUUAGUUCCUUGUGAAUUGCUUCAUAGCAAAUUUUCUAGGUAAAAGAAUCUUGAAUGUAUUUGUGAACAGUUACUUUGAUUUUGUGAUUGGUCUUACUACUUUUUUAGAGUUUGCUCAAGUUGUAAGAAUUGUUAUCUCUGUCUACUUCACGUUCAGUAAAAGUAACUGGCCUUUUAAUGUUUUCAUCAUCUAUUUUCCUGUUGGUUUUAGGGUUUCAUUUGGUUAAUCCAUGGCAAUUUCUUUCGUUGAAUGUUACCAUUAUUGUAAUGGUGUAAGUUUUAAUUUUAUGUGAAUCUUUGGUCACAUUCUGAAUGUUAAAGUUUCUUGAUGGGGUACUUGUAUUCUGAUUUUUUAAACUGGCUUUAUUUUAUUUUACAUUUUGUUUUCAAAGCAUCUUCUGCCUUUCUUUAGUCGUAAGACUUGUUUGUCUAUUGUUUUGAAUAUUGUCACAAAAUAUCUGUCCAAUCCCAUCAUCUCAGGACUGUGUUAAAUAUGAACAUGGAAGAGAACUAAACGGCCAAAGCAUCAUUGUAGAGUGGGCCAAGGGUGGUAAAGAUAGAAGAAUGGUAAGUUCUGAGCAUUUCAUAUUUAUUUGUUAAGUUUUUUUUUACCAAGUUUAAUUAAUCUACAAAUAUAUUUCUUUUAUUGAAAUUUGUUUGCAAUGUUGAUUUGUAAUAAUAAAUAUUUUUAUUAUAAUCUUUCAGAAGAGAAAUGAGAACAGCUCUUCUUCCCAGAGCUAUGAUGAAUGCUUUCGUUGUAGAAGAACAGGCCAUUGGGCAAGAGACUGUCCUGAACUGAGAUGGGGACGUCGUGGUGGUGGUGGCGGCGGCGGAGGAGGUGGUGGCGGUGGCGGAGGAGGAGGGGGUCGAUGGAGAUCACCAUCGCCUAGAAGGAGGUACAGGUCAGACAAGCAAUACUAAGGAAUUCAUUCUUUGAGUUGCUGUGUCUUUUUUUUUCAUUAUUUUUAUUUUAAAUGAAGGAAAUUUUAUUUUUAACUGACUUAAAUUGUAAUAAAUUUCUGUACAGUAAACUGCUGCAUUCAAACUGCCCCAAUCUCACUAUUUUCUAUUUAUGAUACAAGUGUUGAUUUUGCAAUCUAGAGGGGGACCCUCUCUGUCAUCAGAAAUGAUGUCAUUUAAAAGGUUGAGCAAAUAUCACUCCCAAUUAAUCACUAACAGUCUGAAUAAAAACAUGUUAACCACAGAUGUAAACUUAUUACUGUAGAGUGAUUUCCCUUUUACUGAAGUACAUAACAUCUAUUUGCAUUUUCAAUAACGAUUUUUAUGGCAGUUAUAGGGUUAAUAUACCAAAUUUUGUUUAAACUGGUACUGUGAUAAUUUGAGAAUACUUUCAGGGUUUUGAGCUAUUAUCUGCUGAGUAACUCAUGGAAGAGUUAAAGGGGUGAAAACUAAUUCACUUUUUGGCACUACUCAUAUUACACCACAUUUGAACUUGUUAAUAAAAUUGACCGCUUUUUAUUUCCCACUUUUAUGAUUGGUAGAAUAGAAAAUCUUGUAAUUCAUUAAUUUUGUUUAAAGAUAAUAGAGUUGGCUAUUGUUUAUAUAGUAUCGGGUGUUCACCCGUAUCAACUUAUUUGAAUUAAUAAAACUUUCAGGUCACGAUCCAGGUCUCGUGACAGGAAGCGCAAAAGUCGCAGCAGGUCUCGUGAUCGUCGUAGGCGCAGCAAGUCUCGUGAUCGCAAAAGAAGCAGAAGUCGUUCCAAUGACAGGAAAAGGAGCAGAUCCCACAGUGGUUCCCGCAAGUCAAGGAGUGUCUCAGGAGAGAGAAAGAAAGACAGUCGCUCAAAGAGUGGAUCACGAGAGAGAAAGAAAAGCGCCUCUCGUAGCAAGUCAAGGUGAGGAUGCCGUGGCGGCCUUAGCUUUUAUUUAGAAUUUUAUGAAUUGGUAAAAAAGAUUCCUUGAAUUUUGCUGUAGUAGUUUUUUUUAAAUUACAUUUUAUUUCCACGUUAAUAGGGUUCUAUUGGGCGUAAAUAGGGUUCUAUUGCGCAAUAAAUUCCUUGUUUUAAUGGUUAUAUUUUUCUUUAUGAUUCACUUUAGGUCUCAUUCAAGGUCUCCACGUCGUUCUAAGUCAGGGUCAAAAUCAAAAAGCAGAUCUAAGAGCCCUCGACAGCCCCUUGAAAACCACACAGAACAACCGUCAAAUGGGGCGGCCAUAAAUGCGAGAGAUGAUGAAGGUGCAGGGGAUGGUGGUGAUGAAGAACGGGCAUCUAGAUCUAGAAGUGGCAGCAAAGAUUAAGGGGUGGAAGUUUCUUGUUUAAAAACGUUUGAUGUCGUGUUGCUGUUUUUUGUUUUUUUUAAUAUAUAACUAUAAAAUUCCACAUAUGUAAAGAUUUUAUUAUGAGGAGCUAAAAUUAGAUUAUUUAUCUUGGCAGUAAGAUUGCUCCUUCUUAAAAUAUCCUUCAGUCAUGAAAAAUAUUGUGAGCUACUUGCAUUUUUUAAGUUUACUGGUAUAUUGUUAAAAUUGUUAAUAGCUUCGCAUUUUCUCGAGUGUUCUCUUGGGCUACUAGUAUUAUAAGGGGGGUCUAUUACUCUCUUAUUUCUAUGUAAAAGAGAGAUCUCAAAGGUAAUGAUAGUAUUUAUAAAAAAAAUUAGCCAUUUCUAGAUUUAAAUCUGUAAUGCCCCUUCAAAUGUCAAUUUAUAUAAUUGUGAAACAUAGACACUUCAAUGUCUGUAUUUCAUAAGGCAUUAUGUUUCACUAUCAUUAUAAAUGUUUAUGUUGGAAUGGAAGGAAUUGUAAUUGCUUUUAUAUUUGUUCACUGUACAGUAAGUCUCUUAGUAUUUUUUUUUUUUAAAUCCUUCAUACAUUUUAUUUUUCACCAUUGGUUGGUAUUUUAAUAUGAUUCAGUUAGCAAUCCCUUUAUUGUUACAAGUUGGUGGGUAAAGUAUUUUAAAGUAAUUGGGAAAAUAUUUAGCAUUGUUGCUGAAGCUAAAUUCAUUCAUGUAAAUGGUGGGUGGUUUUAGUAGUAUUAGUUUAAAAGGGAUUGCUGCACAGUCAUAUCUUUGCUUCAUUUGGAGAUUGACCCUUGGUAUUUGUCUUAACUAUUCAGAUGAUUGAGUAAAAUAAUAAAUGACUAUAAUGGGAAAACUAAAUACUGUUUCAUGUCUUUGUUUUGAUAUAGAGGAAAUACAAGCACCUUUUACUUGUAUACACUACAGGUAGUUUUUUUACUUUAAAUGGUAC